AUGCUAUUUCCACCUUCAAUGAAUCCGAUAGACCGUGGAGUAGCACUUCGUGGAGACGAAGUGGUUUGGACCGAUGGGAUUAUACCGUAUGAAAUUGCAUCAGGAUAUGCUUCGGCACAAGAAAAAUUUAUUAUUGCUUCGAUGGAAAAACUCGAACGUUUGAUAGCAAUCAAUAAUGUACAAUGUAUUCGGUUUCGACCUAGAAUUUCUUCUGAUCCAUAUUAUAUUACGAUUGUUAACGGAUUCGGUUGUUCAUCCCAUGUUGGACAAAAUACCGGUGUUGAUAUGAUUCGCCGAGUGACACUACAAUAUCCAGGCUGUUUUCUUGAAGCCAUCAUAAUGCAUGAACUAUUGCAUACACUAGGCUUCUUUCAUGAACAGUCACGACCGGAUCGUGAUGAUUAUAUUAAAGUCAAUUAUGAAAAUAUAAUACCAGGUAGAGAACACAACUUUGAAAAAUAUAAUAACACUGUAGUCGACAUGCUAAAUACAUCCUAUGAUUAUGAAUCAGUGAUGCACUAUCCAUCGAAUGCAUUUUCUGUGAAUAAUCAUUCAACAAUCGAGCCACUUCAACCAAAUGUUACAAUUGGUCAACGUUUCAAUUUAAGUUCGAUCGAUAUACUAGAAGUUCGAAUAUUGUACAACUGCUUAGACACUGGAGUUACAUUGCCACCAACUACAACAACCACAACAGGUAACUAG